AUGUUGAGAGAACUAAUGAAGCAGCGACUAAACGUCGCCGUGGAAGGAAUAUAUGAACUUUUUGAAAGAACAAUCCUGGAGUAUGAGGAGGAACUUCGUCGUAUAAAAGAGGAGAAGGAGCGACAAGGCGAGCUAUUGGACGCCGUUUUAAAGUCUCAUGCUGAUUUACAACAACAAGCAGACGUGCAGCAGGUGUUGGUGCAGAAUCCAGUAGAGGUUCCCUCUGAGCAGCUGCAGGAGGAGAUUCAGCAAGAGAACUGCACAAGGGGUUCUCCAGUCAUUAAAGAAGAAGAGGAGGACAUUUGGACUACUCAGGCUGACCAGGAGGCACAGAUCCCCAUGGACUUGCUCCCUUUGACUGACAUCCACUUAAAAAGUGAAGAAGACGGAGCUUGGUCCUCGCGACUUGAAGACCAACCCAUGGGAGAAGACUGCGAUGACUCCAAUAUCAUGGCUCCUAUAUCCGACAUUGAAGAAUCAGAGUCCUCCCAGACGGACGCCCCCGAUCUCCCUCCCGACGAGGAACCCGUCAACAGCAAGUCUCUGAGCUGCCCUCAGUGCGGCAAAGCUUUCGGCAAAACCCGCAACCUGAGGCGCCACAUUCGCACGCACACGCGCCCCGGCGUGGCGCCGUUCUCCUGCCCCAAAUGCGACAAAACCUUCAGCAUCAAAAGAAACUUGAACCGACACAUGCUGACUCACCUGGGAGUCCGGCCUUUCGUGUGCUACGUUUGCGGUAACACAUUUUCCCGAAGUCACCAUUUGAAGAGACACAUGGGCACGCACGGCAACUUCAAGGAUGUCCCCGUUGAAGCCAUGAAGAGGACUCCUGUUGUCACGGUGGAUGUCCCAGUGAAAGCUGUUAAGGCAGCCCGUUCAUCAGAGCAGGCUAUGCCGUGUUUGUUUUGCACCAAAGGAUUUGCCAAAAAAUCCCACCUGGAGAGACACAUGAGAACGCACACGGGCGAGAAACCCUUCCGAUGCGCGGUCUGCGACAAAUGCUUCGCACGCAAAGAACGCGUCCGAGAUCACAAAUGUGUGGUACUCGACCAAUUAAUCGACAGCUAA